GCAGAAGGAAAAAGGUUGUCGCUCAAAGGCACUUUUUGGUCGGCCCCCACAUACAGUGAAAGGUUCAGCCCCCUGACAGAUUGUGGCGCGCUCUCACUUCAGACUCAUACAUGUCUCUUGUCAUCUACUGCAACUAACUUAUGAUGCAUGUAAAGAGCAUGUGGGGCCAGAACUGUGUCUGUUCUGUUAAGGACUUGUGAUGACCCCCAGAAGACCACACACAAAGCGGAUCACCUUAAAUGGUGACAUUCUUUUCUUUCAAUGCAAAUACUCAGAUCAAGAUGGGGACAAGCAGGUGAAGUCAGACCUCAUCUGUCAGAAGCUGUCAUUCACCAGGGAAACCAAUAGUUUUUCCUCGCUACAUGGUGACACGACUAUAUACAAAGACAGCUCCGCAGACGUAGACGUGGUACAUUGCUCUACAGCUUUUGACAGGAGAAAGAAAACGGUGGUCCCUUGCAUCUUGCUCCGACAAUGGAAGCAGAAAAGCUCCUGUUACAGAUACAAAUUCAUCACGUUGACAAGCCCCACCAAAGCAGAACUGCAUGUCAAGUUUAGCACCCAGUAUGAACUGCGAGAUGACAUCUCAAUAUGCCAAGGCCCCACCAUCAUGUGGAGGCAUGAGGGCAACGUGUACUACGCAUCAGCCUGCACAGGUGAAGUCAGAAGUCUUCCUGUCCAGAUGUCGCCGGUUGUGUUUUUGGGAGAGCUGUCCAAUAAGUUGAUCGUUUUUGGCUCACUAACACAUGUGGCGGAAGAAGAAGAAGCUAUUGUUCCACAGGGCAUAAACAUAAGAAAAGAAAACAAAAUAGUAGCAUACUCCAUUGAGGAUGGAAAGGUGUUGGAUGGAACAUGCAUUAUGCCAAACGCAUACGGCUCCGUGGUGCAGUGUGCUUGCGUUGUUUCUGCGGUGGAGGUCGGAGGGCAUCUAGAAGUCACCAUGCUGGCAGCCACCAAUAGAAAGCAGCUGGUCUGCUUUGAGAAUGGGGAUCUGAAAGAGGUCUGCCAGUUGCCAUUUGAAGAACCUGAGAGCAUCAAGAUGGCCAAUACUGGAAACAGUGGACUCCUACUCCUGAUCUCUUUCAACCAUGGAAAUGUGUGUGCAGUGUGGAAAGAUACCUUUCAGGUUGCAGCACAUUGGUCUGGCAUGAGUUCAGUGCUUGUUGAUGAUUUUGUCGGAUGUGGGACAGACCAGGUCCUUCUGGUGUUGCAAGACCAGAAUCCCCCUGAAUCGCUAGCAAACUUCAUUUUGACAGAUCUCUGUGGAACAGUGCAUUCUCACGGCUAUAGUGAGACCAGCGAGGAAUUCGAAACUUCAGAUGCUUCUGAAGGAAACUACCUUUGUACUCUGCAGGCUUUAGAAUCCAGAUUACAGAGUGGCCUGACCUUGCUUCAAGACCUUCAGAGAGAUCUUGAUGUCAAAGACAGGGUUCUUCUGCAGUCCACCAAUGCCCUGUCAGAUAUGGUGUCAGGAAGAGACUACGCUGUAUCAAAGACUGAACAGGAAGGCCUGGUGUCGUUGUGGAUGGAGGCUGGUGGUGAGGAAGAGGAGGGAGAGCCGCAGGAGAGGAUGCAGAUAGAGACAGAGCCAGCCCCACCGCCUUUCCUGGUGGACGCGCUAUGGCAGAGGAUCAUGGAUGAACGCCUAGUGGUGGGAGUCUCGCUAACGAAACGGGAUGACAUACUCCUGAAGAGUGCAGCCAUCUCCCUGCUGGUUGAUGCUGCUCAGGGAUACUACAUCCCCGCAGUUAUCCAGACCCAGAGCACGGCACACUGGCUCCACACCCACACACACACCCACGGCUCCUCUCCUCCGGAGCCGGUGGCGAAAAGAAAGAGACUGAACCCUACUGAAGGCAGGGGCUGUACUAGUAGUAGUAGUAGUAGUGGUGACCGUGACCUGCAGAAACUAACGCUGACUGCCGCCUGUGACCUGGCCCCUUUCCUGACCGGCGAUUCUGUAAAAUGUUCGGUGGUGCUCCAUUAUGUCCAGGCUGAAGAAGCGACUGACGAGGGCCCCCCUACCCAGAAGGCCUUUCUGUGUGGCAUGGUCUCCCUCAGCAUCUCAGAUGUGACUCGCGGGUUGUAUCAUCCUCUCUUGCUUCAAAGACCUACUGAUGGUUCCCAAGAUGAAUUAAGACAGGACCUUCUCAGCCUCUUGGCGUUAUUGGAGUCGUGGUCUCUCCAGAUCUCCUCCCCGGACCACACCUUGCUUGAUGUGGACCAGCUGCUGCGGGAAGCCUUGGGGUGCGAGACGGUCAAGUCCAGUCCCCAGUACCUGGUGUGCAACCCCACAGGAGCAUCUGCAUCUGCUGUGAUGGUUUUCCACUGGCGACAGAAGAGUCCCUUCCUAGGAGAACUGAUUGUCUAUUGCAGUGGCACGGUGGCUUUGCUUAGAUUCCUGCACUCCCUGUGUGGCUUCCUGCCGGCAUCCUGUCACGUCCAGCCCCUGAGGAAGGUGGGAGGAUCAGAGGGCCGCGGCGGUCAGGAAGUGGCGCGCUCCCUGGAGAAGGAGGUGCUGGCCCUUCGAGAUGGACUGUCGUCCCUUCUUACCAAUGGGCAACAACCGGGCGGGCAGGGGCAGGGGCGGGGCAGUGCAGGGCCAAUGGCGCCGACGGCAUCUGGAUUUGGAGCCCCAGGCGAACUGGCAGCUGAGGAGCUCCAGAGGCGCCGAGAGGAGUGGCAGAGGGAUAUCGAGGGGAGCAACAGGAGGUCGGGCCCCCUAGUGGCCGUGGACCGGUAUCACAUAUUGGUCCAGAGAGUUCUACGCGAGCAGUUACAGGUGGAUAUAGACGUGCUUCUGGAUAGGCAGGUCAGGUCUGUGUUUAUUCAGUGAUGUCUCCUUGUAUGUACCAAUGAGAUUCAGGGGGAUUCACACCACCUGCGACACAAAACCUCCUCCAUGUUGUUUCCAGAUAUACUUUCGCAGGGAUUGACAAGUCAACCACGGCUGCACUGUUUUUUCAGGCUCAUUUGUAGACACGUCUAUUCCCCUCAUAAUGUGUGAUGACUUUAGACUGAAACCGCCUUCGUCUGACAGAGGGCACCCCUCAACGCCCCCAGCCCUCGGGGGAGUCUGCGUGACUGCGGAGCCACACUAUAACACGCUGCUGUCUGUUACCGCACCCUCUGCUGAACUUCUCAAGGGGGUUCACACCUCUAACAUUUUGGUGGCAUUCGACAGAAACACUCUACGCUCCUGCCCUCCGGCAUCUGGAGAUGGCUUUUGUCUGUGUAUUACGCGUGUGAAGCCCUGUGGGACUUGCACUGUUCAUAACAAGCUCUUGCUCUUUUGGUUCUGUUUUUUGUUUCUGUGUUUUAGAAUAAAGCUUUUGGCGGUA